AUGGGCCGAACAAAGAGAACCCCCGUUCGCUGUAGCGAAGCUGGCAAGAGCCAAGUGUUGGCUUCAGUAGACAAGCGCCAAGAGACGAUCAAGGAAGGAGUCAAUCAAGCUCAGAAAGAAAAACAAGCUCAGGAAGACAACCGUGGCUUCCCAACGUCACCCAGCAAGAGUACGCAAGCCAAACGACGCAGAGUAGAAGCACUUGCCAAGAAGAAACGACAACCAGAAGCUACAGAAGCAGUGUCAUCUUCUAGUAACUUUGCACUAGAUCAGUUCCUGUCUUCCACCUUUAGUAGUGCUGUCAGGGCUGGACGUCGCAUGAAGCUUGAAAGUGACACCAAUAGUGACACCAAUGACAGCGAUGACCAAGAGUACAAACCGCCACCCCAAGAGAAGAGCAACACAAAGAAAAAAGCCAAGCCAACCAAGGCCAAGAUCACUUCCAACUCUCCAACUGCAAAAGCUAAGCCAAGGGCAAAGGCAAGCAGCAGCGAAAUCUAUGACACGUUCAGCGAAGACGAGGAACCACUGCCUAGAUCCAGCAGACCCAGCAAGAUCAAGCCUGCAAACAAAUCAAAACGACUUUUCAUUGAAGAUGACGAUGAAGACUAA